AUGGCUACGGACUUGAAUUCAAGUUUCAAUGAACAAUAUAUCAACAUUAAUAUGAAACUCAAAAAGAGGUUCAUGCGAAAGCCAAAUAUAUCUGAAGCGACAAACGAAUUUAUAGCUUUAGCAAUACAAUGUGAGCAUUCUGAACAGCCAGCAUUUGCUGGUCAAACAUAUAUAGGUGCUGCUAAAUGUGAGGCUUCUGCUGGCAAUGUCCUCGGAGAAGCUGAACAGUAUAUAGCAGCUGCACGUCAAUUUAUGAAAGCAGAAAAAAAACUCACUUCUUUAAAAUUUCAUAGCCCUGAUAGAGAGAGCUUAGAAGCUGGUAUUAGUUGCUAUCUUCAAGCUUUAAGUAAAUACCCAGAAAAAUCUCCUUUAAGAAGUUCAAUUCUACUUGAACUUGCCAAUGAGCUGAUAAUAUUAGACUAUAAACUGGAAGCUUUGCAUUAUUAUGAAGCUGCUUUAGAAAUAAUUGAGGAUAAAGCUAUGAAACUCAUGUGCUCAAGGAAUAUAUUAAACUUGCUUAUUGACUGUGAUAAAUUUGACAUAGCUUUGGAAACUGCAAAUAAAAUAUGUGAUUCCAAAUUUUAUAUACCAGAAGGCAUUCUAACUGAGAUUCAAGUGAUCAGAGUACUCUUAGUUCUACUGGUAGAUCCAGAUGAAGAUGUAAAAUCAGAAUCAUUAAAGCAAUUAUUGGAUAAUUUGCUUAAUGAUGAAGAUAGUGAUUACAUUCCCUUUAAUAUUGACCUAAAGUUAAAACUUCAGUCUAUUAUUAUAUCUACUAGUACAAUGGACUAUCAGGCCCUAAUAAAUAUUGCAGCAGAUACUAAACAAUAUUUAACAAGACAGCAAAAAUAUCUUCUUGAAACACUCAUUAUGCAGAAAAAUUCUGAA